UCGCAUGACGAAGCUGCGGAGCGUGGCGUCGAGCGCGCGGCUGGCGGCGGAGCAGCGGAUCGCGGAGCGGGUGGCGCCGAUGAAACUUCUGGUGCGGGUGGUGGAGGCGCGGGGGCUCCCCGCGGCGCACGUGAACGGCACCAGCGACCCCUUCGUGAAGCUGCAGCUCGGGAAGCGGCGCGCCAAGACGGCGGUGGCCAGGAGGAGCCUGAGCCCCGUGUGGGACGAGGAGUUCAGCUUCCUCGUCGGCGACAUCGCCGAGGAGCUCGUCGUCUCGGUGCUCAAUGAGGACAAGUACUUCAGCAACGACCUCCUCGGGAAGGUCACCGUGCCCCUCGCCGACGUCAUGGAGACCGACGACCUCUCCCUCGGCACCGCCUGGUACCAGCUCCAGCCCAAGAGCAAGAAGUCCAAGAAGAAACCUCGCGGAGAAGUUUGCAUGCACAUAUCAUUGUCCACAAGAACUCACGUAUCGGAUGAACCGCAGAACGCCGCGAAUCCUGCGUCAGACGAGAUAGCAUCCAGCUCGGACAGAUCGACUGAAAUCAAGGACGCAGCGCUAUCAACCACCAGCAGCUACAUUGACCUGUCGGCAUGCGCCAGUGCGAUCGACCGAGCGUCGCACAGCAGCGUGGAGCCGCUGGCCGACGGCGCCGUGGAUCAGCCACCGCUCAGCAGCAGCAGCAUGGAGCAAGCAGCCGCCGCCGACGGCGGCGACGCCAUGGCGAACCCGUCGUCGGUGGUGGAGGUCCUCUCCCGGUAUUUCUUCGGGAACAAACCUGCCGCCGACGUCGCGCCGUCGACGUCGGCUGUGUCGGACGCCGAGUCGGUCGAUCAGUUCCAGGAGCCCAAGAUGUGCUCAUCUGAAGAUCAUGAAAACCCUGAAAAUGGCACAUCAUCGUCGUCGUCAUCUGAGUCGUCAAGCCUUGAUGAGCUGCUGAAAGCCAUGGAGUCCAAAGAUCAAGGCAGCGAGAUGCCAGGGAACUUGCCUGGGGGUGUACUGGUUGAUGAAUCCUAUGUUGCUGCGCCAGCUGAACUGAAUUCCCUCCUGUUCUCGAAAAAUUCAGAUUUCUGGCCAGCAGUGUCUGAGCUUCAAGGAACAAGUGGGUUUCAGAUUGAACCAUGGAAGCUUGAUAGCAAUGGCAGCUGUUUGCAGAGAACAUUGACUUACAUCAAGGCUGCAAGUAAGCUGGUUAAAGCUGUGAAGGCCACAGAAGAGCAGAAAUACUUGAAGGCAGCUGGGAAUUCUUUCGCUGUUUUUUCUGUUGUCAGUACUCCUGAUGUCCCCUGUGGCAACUGUUUCAAGAUUGAGAUAUUGUAUUGCAUAACACCAGGCCCCUCACUAGCAUCUGAAGAACAAACAUCGCAUCUUACUGUCAGUUGGCGUGUGAACUUUGUUCAGAGCACUAUGAUGAAAGGAAUGAUUGAGAGUGGUGCAAAACAAGGGAUGGCAGAAGGCUUUUCACAAUUCUCUGAGAUCCUCUCCCAGAAGAUGAAAGUAGCUGAGGCUGAUGAUGCUAAUUCCAACAAAGAAAAGAUUUUGUCUUCACUGCAUGCCCAGAAAGAAUCAGGCUGGAGGUUGAUUGUCCGCUUCCUUUGCAACUUCACAUUCAUUUUCUCAGUGAUCAUAGCGUCAUAUGUCAUAGCACACCUUCAUUUGUCCAAGCCCAAUGCGAUGCAUGGGCUUGAAUAUUUUGGCAUUGACCUGCCAGAUUCAAUUGGGGAGGUUGUGGUCUGUGCUGUUUUGAUCCUUCAGGGACAGAAUAUCUUCAAUAUAUCAAAGCGUUUCUUAAAUGCAUGGAAACAAAAAGGUAGUGAUCAUGGGGUCAAAGCUCAUGGUGAUGGUUGGUUGAUGACUGUUGCACUUAUUGAGGGCACUGGUAUAAUAGCUGCUGGUUCAACUGAAUUAUUUGAUAUGUACGCUGUUUUUACCUGCAACACAAAGAGGAAAACAAGCUCAGUAAAAUUCCAAACAUCAGAUCCAAAAUGGAAUGAGAUAUAUGAAUUUGAUGCAAUGGAUGAUCCUCCAUCAAGGAUGGAUGUGGCUAUCCAUGAUGCUAAUGGCCCAUUUGAUCAAGCCCCCAUUGGUCACACUGAAGUGAACUUUCUGAAAAGCAAUUUGUCAGAUUUAACUGAUGUAUGGCUUCCUCUUGAUGGAAAGUGUGAUCAAACUAACAACCCUAAGAUACACUUAAGAAUAUUUUUAAAUAACUCAAGAGGAACUGAAGUUGUUAUGAACUACCUGGCAAAGAUGGGAAAAGAAGUUGGCAAGAAGAUAAAUUUGCGGUCUACUCAAACAAAUGCUGCAUUUCGAAAGCUCUUUAACCUCCCAUCAGAAGAGUUUCUCAUCGAUGAUUUUACCUGCCAUCUAAAACGAAAGAUGCCACUUCAGGGGCGCCUCUUCUUUUCUCCAAGAAUUAUUGGAUUUUAUUCCAACAUAUUUGGUCACAAGACCAAGUUUUUCUUUUUGUGGGAUGAUGUUGAUGAUAUCCAGGUUAUCCCUCCUGCACUGUCAAUUGGUAGCCCAUCCUUGAUGAUCAUCCUAAGAAAGGGCAGAGGUUCAGAAGCAAAACAUGGUGCCAAGGGAACAGAUCCUCAUGGAAGACUCAAAUACUAUUUUCAGUCCUUCGUUUCAUUCAAUGAUGCCCACAGAAUAAUCAUGGCAAUUUGGAAAAUGAGAUCACUGGGUCCAGAGCAGAAGGGGGACAUGAUCGAAAAAGAGCCUGACGUGAAAGACCUUCAGAUCGACGAAGGUGGAACCUUGUUCACUCAGGAAGACGUCAAAAUGUCUGAAAUAUUCUCAUCGGUUCUCUCCGUUGACGUUGAGUCCCUGAUGGAGAUGUUUUCAGGAGGGCCCCUGGAACACAGAAUGAUGCAGAAGGCCGGCUGUCUGGACUACUCGGCGACAGAAUGGGAGCUUGUGAACCGAAAUAUAUACCAGCGGCAGGUCAGCUACAGGUUCGACAAGACCCUGUCUCGAUAUGGAGGAGAAGCAACCACCAAUCAGCAGAAGUAUGCCCUGGUGAACCAGGACGGUUGGGCCAUUGAGGAGGUGAUGACCCUGCAAGGUGUUCUGCUGGGGGACUACUUCAGUAUUCAGAUGAAGUACAAUAUGGUGAAUGUACCAUCAAAACCAAACACCUGCAGUGUGCAGGUUUUGCUGGGGAUUGCCUGGUUAAAGAGCACUAAACAACAAAAGAAGAUCACCAAGAGUGUCAUUUCCAACUCCUCAAUUAGAUUGAAGGAGCUCUUUGCCGAAGUAGAGAAGGAUCUUACAUCGAGAAAUGGGGCAAGCUGACAUCUGUACAGAUUAACAGUAGAUUAUUCAUUACAACAACCAAAUGUGUUUGAACAGACCAUCAGAGAAGGGCAAUUAGGGGGAACUGUGCCCCAUUUAAUUGCCUGCUGUGGCUUGGCUUCAGCAUUGUCAAUACAGAUGAAGCCUAAAGAGUGUUACACCAAUGUGAAUAUAUAGAUUGUUUGAAAAACACACAUACAUUUCUGGUAUGACAAUACCUUCAUAGGAAGUCAAGCAGAGUUGUACAUGCAGAUCUGACCUAUACACACAAAUGAUAUAGUAAAAGGAAACCUUUUGUUUUCUGUAUAGUUCAGUAUUUCUUCCUGUUGUUUUCUUUUAUAUAGUUAAUUAUUCCUUCCUUUGAAACAAACAUAUUUCACAUAAUUAAUUCCUUAUACAUGUUGAGAAUGUUGUAAAAACUUAGCACAUGCAUUCACAUGUAUACCACUA